GCGAGCUCCGACCUCGACACCGACAACACACGGCUCAGGCCAAAUCAAUCUCAAAAUGGCGACUAGGAGCGUGUCUCCCGGAGGCGCGCUUCUCCGGGCUUCGCGCAUGUUCGCGAUGCCGGAACCCAUCCCUCCACCACCCCUCGAGGGCGCGGCUGGUAGUUAUUUCAACUCGAACACGGCAACAAUCGCCUUCCCGACUCACCAGGCCAUUACGACCCUCAGCUCCUCGCGGAAAUUGGGAGACUGGGGCCUCAAGCGGCCCUUGCCCCUCAAGUCGACGACCAAGUCGUCCAACCCGAUGCUGCGCAUCAAAGCUAUCGACACGAUCGAGCAGAUCACCGACUACAGUUCGGCCACCGACCACGGCAUCACACUCCGAAAGUUCCAGGAGCUUGGAAUACCUGUUACAGCACGCCGACCAGCUGGUGGGGACCGCCCGGAGAGCACAACUCAGAUGAACCUACCGCAGAUGUCCGUAUUCGAGGAUGCGCUGGAUGCUACGGAUAUCCACCCGGACAAGCGCGCUGAACUUGUGGACUCGCGGUGGAAGUUUACCGGCCCUUGGUUAGCCGGUAUGACGCAGGGCGAGUUUAAUAAGUGGCUAUCGAAAGAAGUCCGGCCUAAGCGACCUGCAUUCCGCCAGUUCCUGAAAAAGAAAAUCGCCAGCGAGCUGCAUGCGGCGGCGGCGAAGGACGCUCUCGAUAAGGGGCAAGAACAGCCCUCUAUCAUAGACCCGAGCAGCGUGACAGAGGACCAGCUCGUCGACUACCUGCGCAAGUUACGGCACAACAACCAGGCGCUAUACGAUAUGGUUGGUCAGUUCCUCGACCUGGCGCCUCUCAUGCCUCCCAACCUCGCCCAAACGGGCCUCCCCAAGGAGAAGGUCAGCGAGCUCCAGUUCAACGAGGUAAAAACUCCGUACGCCGAGCGUGGCCCCCCGAUCACGCACCCUUCGGCCGGUCUCUCGUAUCUGCGCACGUCUAUGUACAUGGAAAAUCACCCAAUCUACGGCCCUCAGAAACAUCACGCGCCGGUGGUAGGCAGAAUCGUGAGGCCGCGGCGACAGGCACAAGCCUUGGCUGCCAGAAUCGGUGUGGCCGGUUUCAUCGUCAACACUGCGAUGGGCGACACGCGCUUCAACGCCCGAAUCGGCGGGAACGCCGCGUUCGACAAGAUCGACCCCGCCAUCGAGGGCGGCGCCAAGGUCUGGGUGCAGCCCCAGAGGGCCGCGGUGGACUCGGUCGGUUGCAUGGUCCUGUCGGUCAACGAACCGACGCAGGAGGCCACCCUCGUUGCGCAGGAGCUGCUCGGCAACGCAGUUUGCUUGGGCGCGGAGCCGGCGGAGGAUGAGAUGAGCAGACGCGAGACGGCUAGUGACCUAAGGCGGAGGUAUAGGGCGCCCGACUCACCCACCAUGUCGAGUGCCCAGGACUACGGGUUGAGAGAGUAAUGUGCUUAGGAUCGCCGAUGGUCAUGAAGAGUGCAAGAGAGAGAGGUGCAGUUGGGAGCUGGGGGAAGUGGCCGGGAGGUAACUUAGAUACGACUGUAUCCCGAACCUUGUAACAAUAAAUCAAGUGUAGAACAACCGACUACUGCAUCAUUCUCCAGAGGUAUUCGUACAUUACUCCCUUACCUCACUACACUUUGCCAGCGACUUGAUCCCCCCGAUGAGCGGCCCCACUUCACGCGGAUCUGC